AGGAACCAGCUGAAAAAACUGAGUUUAGUAAAUCCACAUCUAAAAUGUCGAACCCGUCGUAGUGAAUAUCUCGACCAUCAUUCAGGCUUGGGAUGCGACGCGCAUCCCUCGCCAGCCCGAGAUUCUGCCACACAGCCGUUGAACAAGCGUAGGAGGCUACGGGCGGCCCUGUGACGAGAAGUUUUGCAAACGUAAUUUUCACCGGUUUCAUGAUGAAGGAUGUCAGAAUUCUCGCGACUGCAGUUUCGGCGCCGUCUUCUCCAAUCAUCAUCGAGAGUAUGAGCCGGUUAGUGUGACGAUCUGCACUGUACACCUUGAAGACUCGGUGAUUGACCUCCUGCGGAUGUUUGUAUCGAGGCUGAAUUGCUUGAAGUGCGAGUUCUUACUCAGUGACUCCUUACUGAGCAGUAGAGGCCAUGCAGACCCUGAGCUUUUUCGGACGAGGACGACCUUUGGGUUUGCACCAGUCUUCCACGAUUUGAGCAAAAAAUGCUUGAGCAUUUUUUUCACAUGUGGAUUCUCUGCCUCUGGUGAGGCUGCUGCGGAGAACUUUACCCAACAGAAUUAAACUUUAAUUACUACAAGGAGCAAUACCGCAGACAUGACAUCCCAGAGACGACCCAGAUGCAAAGCGCCGAUUGGCGGGGAGAAACAUUCCGAAAAAAUUUCUCAAUCUAGGGCCAUUAUGGUGUGUGAAGACAUCCUCUCGAUGUUAGAAGACGAAGCUCAGGGAGUGGAGAGCAAUCGGCCCCGGGUUGCAGACGAUGCUUCCGUGCUGGCAGACCUGGAGCCUACAAGUACAAGUACAGGAGUAGCAUCGGAAUGUAGAAUGAUCUUAGACUCGCUCGAAAAUCUCUCCGUUCUGAGGAUGAGGGAGGAGCGCACCUGCUCUUACAUAAAACAACUUAACGGGGUGUCUCGCGAUUUGCAGCUUCAAGAGCAGGAGUUGAUAGCUCGACUUAAUCAAAUCAACGAGGACAGAACAAAACUUCAUAUCAAGUUGAACCUUCUGGAGUGUGCCUUGUGUUCCAUGAGGUCUGCAAGAGAGGAGAAAGAAAGAGUUCUGAACGAUCACUGCACGAGGGCGAUGGAGCUCCACGAAGAGAAGGUCAGCUUGUUGGAGCUCUCCGUGGAAGGCCAUAGAGAGAGGGUGCGGUCUCUAGAGUCUGUCGUGCAUGAGCUGAAAACCACAGCAGACCGCAAUCAGGAAUAUGAAUCAGCUCUGCUGAGGUUGGAAACGGAGAAAGAAAAGCAGGAGUCAGAGAGGGCACGAUUCAGAACGGAGCUUGACAUGGCUGCCCAGGCAUUAGAGAAGGAGGUGGACAAACACAUCUGCCAGAUUUGUAUGAACCGGAGCCGAAAUGCUCUAGUCAUGCCCUGCAUGCAUUUUCUCUUCUGCAGUGAUUGCUUACACGCCCAUCAAGGGCGAAGUAACGAAUGCCCCACUUGCAGAGGAUCGAUUUCAGCGAUUAUUCACUGUAAACUGAACGUGGAGCGUUGAGCUCCGGGGUAUAUCCAAUCCGUAAGGAGUAAAUCUUGCGUGAAUUAGUGCAACCCGUACU